AUGUCUGCCAAGGACCUGACCACACGAGAAUGGAUCAAUGCUUUAAUUGAACCUGGCCAUCUUCUCGUCUGGGCCCUGCGCUAUUACGUCAAAGUCAAUCUUGAGACCGUCUUUUGCAAAGGACAAAUCUUCGCCCCUCUACUCCAUCAAAGCAGAUUGCGUGAUGAAGCAUUCGGCAAAUUUUGGGUGGCUUUCAGCAAUCAAAUCACCCGCUCCUCAGAUCUGAUCCCGGUCCUCCUCUCCCGCGCCUCGGGCACCGUCCUCGACGUGGGCCCUGGCACAGGUACCCAAAUGCCCCUCCUCCGCUCCCCAGCCAUCAAGACCAUCUACGGCGCGGAGCCCUGUCACGGCCUGCACGCCGAAUUGCGCGCCAGCGCCACCUCCCAAGACGUGCCUUCCAUCCUUGAGAACCUGUCCACAACUAAAGAAGGCGUAUUCGAUACCAUCGUCUGCGUGCGCGUCUUGUGCUCGGUCCCUGACAUGCGUCGCACCGUCCAGGAUCUGUACACCCUCCUCCGACCAGGCGGGAAGAUGCUUGUCGUCGAGCAUGUAGUUAACCCAUGGCGGACGCCUAAGGGGUCCGUGAUCGCCAGAGUGGUCCAGGCAUUGUAUGGAUUCUUGGGCUGGAGUUGGUAUAUGGGUAACUGCUGUAUGAACCGGGAUACCACGUCGGCGUUGAAGCAUGCGGCGGAUCGGGAUGGUGGGUGGGAGUCGGUUGAAUUGGAUAGCUGGUUUGAGAGUACCCCGAUGCCGUAUGUGGCUGGCAUUUUGACGAAGAAGGGGGGUGUAAACUAG